AUGUUGCACCCCGAGAAGAACCCAUUCAUCCAUGUACUGCUCAAAAAGACUUUUUACAACCAAUUCUGUGCCGGCGAGACCCGAGCACAGGCGAAACAAUGUGUGAAAGCUCUGAAAGACCUCGGAUUCAAGGGUGUGAUUCUUACAUAUGCACGCGAGACUGUCUUCGAUAACGAUUCCAAGUCGGGGAAUAUGCAAGGAGUUGAGGAGGUCGAAGACAAGGAGGCUACCUCCUCCAAAGCCUCUUUUUGCCCAAGUAUUGAGGAGUGGAGGGUAGGCACUCUCAAAACCAUCGAACUGAUUGCGGAAGGGGAUAUGCUUGCUUUGAAGAUGACUGGCGCUGGUUCAAAGGUUACGGCUGCCUUUGUCGCUGAACAGACGGUGCCACAACAGUUCCUAGACGCGCUCGACGAGAUCUGCGCUGCUUGCAAAGCCCGAUCGAUACGUAUCAUUGUCGAUGGGGAAUCUCAACAUUUUCAGAAAGGUAUUGCUGCUACGACUCUACAACUAAUGAACCGCUUCAACCGUGACGGCUCGGCUAUCAUAUUCAACACAUAUCAGGCCUACUUGAAGCAUACCCCCAAGGUUAUUGCGGAACAUCUCGAAGUUGCAAGUCAAGAGGGCUUUACGCUUGGUCUAAAACUAGUCCGCGGCGCCUACAUGCUCUCGGAUGAUCGAUCUUUGAUUCACGACACGAAACAAGAGACGGACGAUGCGUACAACCACAUCACAACAGGAGCUUUGAAGCAGCAGAUCGGCGAGUUUGGACAGAGUGGCAGUAAACCUUUCCCAUCUGUCAACCUCUUCCUUGCUAGUCACAACAAGCAAAGUGUCAUAGGGGCCCACAGGUUACAUCAAGAACGGAUCAGACAAGGUCUCCCUACAGUCCCUGUAGGAUUCGCUCAGUUACACGGAAUGUCGGAUCAAGUGAGCUUCCAACUCUUGUCCGAGAAAGAUGAAUGUGGCGUACCCCUGAAGAGGGCGGUUGAGAACCGCGAUGCAGUAUUGCGCACGACCGACGAGUUUACAGCGCUAAAGUCUGAAUUAUGGAGGAGAAUCAAGUCGGGAGCUCGUUUUGUCCGUUAG